AUGGCAGCGCUAGGGUUGUGCUCGCGACGUUCGCUAAGCGGCCCGCUGGCGCGCCCGCAAUACACCUACCUAGCGAUAUGGAUAGACUGCACGCUGGAGAGCGUGAAGUUUGAUGGCAGCGCUAGGGUCGUGCUCGCGACGUUCGCUAAGCGGCCCGCUGGCGCGCCCGCAAUACACCUACCUAGCGAUAUAGACAAGGCAACAUACAAGCCAUUCCCAGUGCCCACGGAGUCCUGCGCUCGCCUGGCGGCCUGGGAGGACUGGCUGUGGUGCGCCGCGCGCCGCGGCCUGGCGCGCCUCCCGCGCCGCCCCGCCGCCCCCGCCGUCGCGCCCCGCGCGCUGCUGCCCGUCUCCGCGCUCGCCGUGGUGCACCCUCAGUUAUGUCGAGCUGCUGCGGAUCCGUGCUUGCUUCCAAACGGGACCGGGGCGUGCCACUCCAGCGCCCUGUGUGUACGAAGUGCAGCCUCUGACUUCGCCUGUCUGUGCCCCGACGGACUUACUGCCAUCAACACCACUUCUCAGCCAAAGGACCGCGAAUGCAUCAUAACCCCCGCCGCGACCCCCGCCGAGGGUUCCUGCCCUCUCGACUGCGGGCCUGGCUCCUGUGUCGUGUCCCCAUCAGGGGCCCCUUACUGCCAAUGUGGACCCCUGUUCAGUGGCACAAGAUGCCAGCACUAUAGGUGCGGGGCACAUUGCAAUAGGAGGGGGAAGUGUGUGGUGGAAAAGGACGCAAGCACGCUUAAGUGUCAAUGCUUCUCCGGCUACACAGGGGAUCGUUGCGAAACCGUAGUGAUGCCCACAGUGUCGCCCUGUGCGACGUGGCAGUGCGACAACGGCGGGACAUGUCGCGAGACGAGAGGGAUAGCACGAUGCGUCUGUGCCUCUGGUUAUACAGGUAACAGGGUCGCCAUGUAAGGCUAGUGCGAAACCGUAGUGAUGCCCACAGUGUCGCCCUGUGCGACGUGGCAGUGCGACAACGGCGGGACAUGUCGCGAGACGAGAGAGAUAGCACGAUGCGUCUGUGCCUCUGGUUAUACAGGUAACAGGGUCGCCAUGUAAGGCUAGUGCGAAACCGUAGUGAUGCCAACAGUGUCGCCCUGUGCGACGUGGCAGUGCGACAACGGCGGGACAUGUCGCGAGACGAGAGGGAUAGCACGAUGCGUCUGUGCCUCUGGUUAUACAGGUAACAGGGUCGCCAUGUAAGGCUAGUGCGAAACCGUAGUGAUGCCCACAGUGUCGCCCUGUGCGACGUGGCAGUGCGACAACGGCGGGACAUGUCGCGAGACGAGAGGGAUAGCACGAUGCGUCUGUGCCUCUGGUUAUACAGGUAACAGGGUCGCCAUGUAAGGCUAGUGCGAAACCGUAGUGAUGCCAACAGUGUCGCCCUGUGCGACGUGGCAGUGCGACAACGGCGGGACAUGUCGCGAGACGAGAGGGAUAGCACGAUGCGUCUGUGCCUCUGGUUAUACAGGUAACAGGGUCGCCAUGUAAGGCUAGUG